UUUCCAUUUUUCGUCUGCUCUCCUGAACCGUGCUGUCGGGGCCGCACGUCAAGACGCGUCGCACCGGCUCGAAGCAUGGCCUCUGCCGUGAACGCUCGGGUCCUCGUGCUCUUUCUUGCGGUGUGCCGUCUCUUGCCGGGGACCCGAGCCGCGUGUUACUACCCGAGCGGCCUCCUGGCUCCCAACGACACGCCCUGCCGGGACGACACACCACACGCAACCUGCUGCGGGCAAGGAUACGCCUGCCUCAGCAACGGCAUAUGCCAGGCCACGGGCGAGGAGCUGAAGAAGCCGGGUGCGAGCGAGUUCGUUCGGGGAUCCUGCACCGACAAGACAUGGCGGAGCUCCAACUGCCCGCUCUUCUGUAUCAACGAGGAAUACGACUACCUGGACGGCGGCACGGGCAUCGCCAAGUGCGAAAACACGUCCAACGACCUGUACGUCUGCAUAGACGGGCAGGAGUCUAGCUGCGAGGAGGGGAUCAACGUCUUGUAUUUUCCGGGUAUGUGUGUGUGUGUGAGUGUGUGUGUGUGUACUGUUGUGUUGUGCUGUCUUGUGUUGUCUUGUGCCGAAUCCGAGUGACGGGCGCCGACUCCUCGUCCAUGUCU